AUGGUGUCAUGGUUACCAGACGACUCCUACUCAAGUUGUGGCACCUUUCGGCAGCCAAGAGGUGCUUGUGCAUUCAGACCUGGCUGUGGACAGAUGGACUCACAAGUGGACCUGAAAGGAUGUUUCUUUGGGCUGUACCCAUUUACACAUCUACCCCCUGGAGUGUUAAUUGUUAACGGCAUAUGCGGUGACAGAAGACGAAGAAACAUCGCUCGAGUGGCCAUGGCUCAAGACGCCCCCAGCCGAGUAGUACCACCGAAGUAU